GAUGGAGAAGGGGCACUCCUUAGCAAACUGAAAAAUAGGAGGUCAAAUCAUGACGUCAGGGAUUUUCAGGUCGGAAAGCCGGAGCUGAAGAAAGAGGCCCGAGUUCCCAAAUUGAAAUUCCGAGUUGGAUGACCGUUCAAAUCUAUUUUUUUUCACUCGGAGCUCGUUUUUUCCGAGGUCGCAGUUGUUUUAACGCACUGAAGUCGGAAGUCUGAGGUUUCCGAGUUCUCAGUUGUUUGAACGCGGCAUUAGUCCAUUGAAAAGCCUGAAGCUUUGACGUCACACCACAAUUUUCCCCAGGCGGAUUAAAGAUGGCGCCGCAUCAUGUUCUAAGGUGCUGUCAGCGGAGUUUAUCUUGGAUACCUGUUAUUUUCAUAAACCUUAUCGUUGGCUGGUCUUAUUAUGCAUACGUCGUUGAACUCUGUAUCUUAACAAUCCCAAAUAAUGCAGAAAAAAUAUCAUACCUAGUUGUCUUUCACCUGUUCUUCAUUAUGUUCAUCUGGUCCUACUGGAAGACUAUCUGCAGCAGGCCCGCCAACCCCUCUAAAGAGUUCUGUCUGCCCAAAGUGGAGAAGGAGCAGUAUGAGAAGGAGGAACAUCCAGACACUCAGCAGGAGAUCCUGAAGAAGGUGGCGGUAGGAUUGCCUGUCUAUACACGCACUGGGACAGGAGCCGUCCGGUACUGUGACCACUGUCUGGUGAUCAAACCCGACCGCUGCCACCACUGCUCCACAUGUGACAUGUGUGUACUGAAGAUGGAUCAUCACUGUCCAUGGGUGAAUAACUGUGUUGGAUUUUCAAACUACAAGUUCUUUGUCUUGUUUCUGGCCUACUCCAUGCUGUAUUGUGCAUUCAUCGCCGCUACCGUCCUGCAGUAUUUCAUCAAAUUCUGGACACUUUGCCGGUGGAGAUCUGUUGGGGAUUGUCCUCAGAAUCAGCUGCCUGACACUCACGCCAAAUUCCACGUGUUGUUUCUGUUUUUUGUGGCGGCCAUGUUCUUCAUCAGCAUCCUGUCGCUUUUCAGCUACCAUCUCUGGCUUGUGGGAAAGAACAGGACCACCAUAGAGGCUUUCAGGGCUCCUGUCUUCAGAAAUGGCCCAGACAAGAAUGGCUUCUCUCUGGGAUUCAGUAGGAACAUGGCUGAGGUCUUUGGAGACCAGAAGAAGUACUGGAUGUUUCCCAUCUACAGCAGUCACGGUGAUGGUAACAGUUUUGUCACCCGGUUGGUGAACUUAGAUCCUGAGCAGAUAGCUGUGGGCCUCCAGAUCAACGGCAAAAGCUCUGUAGAUGGUCCUGGAAGCCCCAAGCAUGUCCUUGGUGACAACGUCAACCACAUUGAGGACCAUCAGGAUGGCAGCUUUGACAAAACUGACGUAGCCGAGACGGUCACAGUCACCAUAGAGAGCGAGUCAUAGACAGGUGGACUCCAACUUUCAAACAUCUCGAGGAUGAUCAAUGGAAACAAGAUGCACCUGAACUCAAGUUCCAGUCUCAUAACAAAGGGUCUGAAUACUUAUGUAAGUAAGGUAUUUGUUUUUAAUACAUUUGCAAUUAUUGGGUAUUGUUUGAUUGUAGAUUUUAUCUAUCUAUUUUUCAUCAGUUUUAGAAUAAGGCUGUAAUGUAACAAAAUGUGAAAAGGGGGGAAGGGUUCUGAAUACUUCCCGAAUGCACUGUAUAUAGUGAGCUCCAAGUAUUGGGACAGUGACACACUUUUUGUUGUUUUGGCUCUGUACUCCAGCACCUUGGAUUUGAAAUGAUACUAUGAGGUUAAAGUGCAGACUGUCUGCAUUCAGUUGAGGGUAUUUUCCUCCACGUCGGGUGAACAGUUUAGAAAUUACCACACUUUUUUUUGUACAUAGGCCCCUGCACAUUUUAGGGGACUAAGUGAAUUUGUUCCAAAAAAUUUUGGAGGUGUAUUUGGUCCCAUAUUCCUAGCACACAAUGAUUACAUCAGCCUUGUGACUCUGAACUUGUUGGAUGCAUUUGCUGUUGGUUUUGGUUGUUUCAGAUUUUGUACCCAAUAGAAAUGAAUGGUAAAUGUAUUGUCACUUUUAUUGUAUAUAAGAAAUAGAAUGUUUCUUAACACUUCUAAAUGAAUGUGAAUGCUACCAUGAUUACGGAUAGUCCUUAAUGAAUAACAAAAAGUGCUGUAAUUUCUAAACUGUUUUCCUGAUUUUUAAUAGCAAAUAUACCCUCAAAUUGAAGAUGUCUUUUCAAAUCCAAAAUGCUGGGGUACAGAGCCAAAACAACAAAUGUGUCGCUGUCCCAAUACAUAUGGAGCUCACUGUAGUUUUUGAACAUUGUACAGGAUUGUUAUUACAUGAAGUAUUUGUUUACGCUUUUAAGUUUGUUUUUCCAUUGUGUUUCUAUUGCUUUUGACACCUUUCUGUGUUUGCAAACAUUGCCGCAAGUUGGUAGCGGAACACUGGAGUUCUUACAGAACACCUGCAAAAAAAGCUUCUAUUUACAUGCUGCUUAAGAGUGCAUGUCACACUACUUUUGGAGUAUAGUUGGAUUUUAAGGCUCGUAAUAAUGUCCUGUUUAAUAUGUUUGUCAUCGCAAAUCAACUGCAUUACACUUCAACCAGUAAAAUGGCUCUUUGGCUAGCUUUUGCUACAGCCUAUAUCAAUGAGCGUUAGCAUUCUAGCUAACUGCUGCAUCCAAAAUACUUUUUUUGCAAAGAUCACAACCAAAUGUAAUCUUAACUACUGUUCAAGCAAAUGUCAAAACAUCCAUUGUAAGUGUAUGAUAAACUAAGUGUAUUUUGUUUAGAAGUAAUAAAAAUGUAAAUCUAUGCUAAUGGGGGCAGAUGGCUUUCUUACUGCCGCCAAGAAUCGUACGUGACGUCAGUGUGUCGUGUACUAGAAAAGGGUCUAUUGUCCCCAUUGCCAUGUAUUUGUUUUUAGACGUCUCUUUCUUUUUUUUUUGAGGGAGUUGUAUGUCUGCAAGAUAUCUAUAAAGUAUCACUUUCAUUGACAAUAGGGAAGACUUUUAACAUCAAACAAUUAAUCUUACUUGGGAAAUGUGUUUUGAACUCAACCUCAAUCUUUGAGAAUAUGGAAUAGCUAUGUGUUCACUUUAUGCAAAACACACUUCUUAAAUUUCUGUCUUGUGUCUUUGUCUGGUGUCCAAAGAUGAAGAAAAAGGAAGGCUUUGAACAAAAUGUUUUUAAAAGCACAUUUUCCAUGACGAAUGCUGCUUUCUUUGAUACUGAUGAUCCUGAUUUCUAGCUAUUUUAUUGUUUUGUCGGGAAAAAUGUACAAUGUUGAACAUGUACAGCAAUAUUUAAUGUAUUGAACCAGAUUUGUUAAUACCGGUAGGCCAGUUUCCAUGUGCAGUCUGACAUCAUGUCAGUAUGGACGCAGACCACCAAGAGGAGGGUAGAGCUAGGCAUCACAUCUCAAUGGAGAAAUUCUUUAUUUCAGGAGAUCUUCGAUCAGGUUUCUACAUUUCCAACUGACUAUGAUCUGUGUUGUUUGGAAUGUACAAGCUGUUUUGUUUACUGGAUGCAUAUAUGAUGGUAUAACACCCUAUUGUGGAGUGAAAGCAUCAUGGCUUUAACCUUCUAGUUUGAGUAACUUACAUUAAUGACAGAUAUUUUGCGCUACGUUGUACAUUCACAAUCUGUCAGUUAAAUCAUCGCUCAAUUUCCUUUUUAUUAAUAUUAGUAUUUUAUUGAAUCUGUUUGCAUGUGUUAGGGUGCUACAAAUGUAGUUAACCAAAACUGUAUGACAGUAUUUUCUAAUGUUUUUUUUCUUUUUAUGUACUCUAAAUUUGGAAAUAGUUUGCACAAAGUUUCAUAUGUCUAAUACAAUUAAAUGUGUAUGUAUUAUUGUGUACAUUUUUAAUAAAUGUUUAAUGCAUUCAAA